UUCUGCAGUUGCUAUGGGAAGGCCACGUAUAGGUAGGACUCCCGACGAACAACGUGCUUAUGACGAGCGGCGGAGGGAACAGAGACGACAAUGUAAUCGGCGGCGGCGGGCGGCAAACACCACCGAAGAUCGCGCACGAGAUGCCGAGCGCAAGCGGCGAGCUAUGCAAGAUGACGAACGUCGCCAAGCGCACAAUGCAGCAAAACGUCGCAAGUACCAUGCCGGUGAUAAAGGUACACGCUUGACAGGGAUCAGCUGCCUACCGGAACCCACGACGGACAUCCUCUUCAAAUGCUGUUUCUGCACCCACGUCACCGGAGAUCAGCGUGAAAUCCUCAGUCACCUGACGGUCCAUGGUGAUGAACAGCUCAAGUGCCAGCACUGUCCAAAGUCCUUUUAUAGAGUGGAGGGCUUGAGACACCAUUCUGAAAUUCCCAAGUCGGAAAUAACUUUCGAGUGUAAACGAUGUCCAGCAGCAUACCAGAAAUAUGCUCAUCUAGUAAAUCACAUCCGAAUCCAUGCGGUUGAAAAACCCUUCAAAUGUAAGGAAUGUCCGCUAGCAUUUUCUUAAAGUAGCCGCCUAUCCUAUCAUAUCCAAGCCCACACAGGUGAAAAACCUUACAAAUUCCAGGAAUGCCCCAAAUCAUUUGCUCGUAGUAGUGCCUUGGCUGCCCUCAUGUGAACUCACACCAGUGAGAAACCUUACAGAUGCCAAGAAUGUCCCAAAGUGUUUUCUCGAAGUAGUUAUCUGAGUAUACUACAUUCAAAGCCGCAGAAGUGCCCCCAAGUCUUUAGUCAGUGUGAGAGGCAGAAUUAACACAUUCAAAUGCACACGGGAAAGGGACCUUACAGAUGUGAUCAUCUCCCCAAAACUUUAUUCAGAGCGAUAUUGCUGACACAGCAGAUUAGAACACACACAGGGUUUACAAAUGUGAGCUAUGUCCGGUCUCCAAGUUUUUAGUGUU